GUGACGGGCAGCUGGAGCUUCCGGGGCGGAGACACAUCUGUGCAAAGCGCCGCUUCCUGACGGCUGUUACCGCCAAACUUUAAACAACAAGAGAGAAGGAAGCAACGCAGCAGCUGCAGCGGCUUUGAUUAACAAGAAAAGGCGAAAAGGAAAAAAGAAAAUGUCUUUUACUCCAAAGAGACCGUGUCCUGAACCACUGAACGACUCCAUGAACGACUCCAUGGAGAAGACAAUAAAGCGGAUAUCAAUCGAGGGAAACAUCGCGGCGGGCAAAUCUACCUUUGUCCGCCUUUUGGAGCAGGAGAGCGGGGACUGGGAGGUGGUACCAGAACCAAUCGCCAGAUGGUGCAAUGUCCAAACAAAAGGCAGUGACUUUGAGGAGCUGACCACAUCUCAGAGGAGUGGAGGAAACGUUUUGCAGAUGAUGUAUGAGAAACCAGAGAGGUGGGCCUACACCUUCCAGAGCUACGCCUGCAUCAGCCGGGUGCGCGCUCAGAUCCGCUCCGCCAACGGGAAGCUCCGAGAAGCGGAGAAUCCCGUGCAGUUCUUCGAGCGGUCCAUCUACAGUGACAGGUACAUUUUUGCAGCCAAUCUCUACGAGAGCGAGUGUCUGAAUGAGACAGAAUGGUCUGUGUACCAGGACUGGCAUGGCUGGCUGCACAGCCAGUUUGGCAAGAACAUCGAGUUAGACGGUAUAAUCUACCUGAGGGCUGCACCAGAGAGAUGCUUAGAGCGUUUGCACCUGAGAGGCAGAGAAGAAGAGCAAGACAUCCCCUUGGAGUAUCUGGAGAAACUGCACUUUAAGCACGAGAGCUGGCUGCAGCACAAGACUAUGAGCAUGGAGUUUGAGUAUCUAAGUGACGUGCCAGUCUUGACCAUAGACGUGAAUGAAGACUUCAAGGGGAAUAAAACCAAGUCCGCUGACAUGAUUGAGAAGGUGAAGGAGUUCUUGAGCACAUUGUAACGAUCGCUUUGUGAUGGAAAUUCUAAUCUGUGUCCAGAGGAAGAAGGAGUGGAUGUAUAUUUCUAAAAUGCCUCAACAAUGACACUUCACUUCUUUUUUUUUUUUUUAAUACUUACACUCAUUCAAAUCUCGCCCGUAGCAUUUUAAAGAAUUUUUAUCACUGUUUUCUUACAUCUGAUGUAUAUUUAUAAAUGUUUUGUGUGCACAUAGGAAUAUAUGUCCAUUCACAAAUGACAAUAAACGUGAAUGCUUUUAAA